AUGUCAUUGCCCAGUGUCUGGUGCCUGUCCCACUCCCUCCUCCCCUCACACCUCCCGCUUCCCCUGCCCCUACGUCCGCCAUUUUCCCCAACUCCCCCGCCCCUCCACUUCCAUCUCCCCCGCCCCCUCCACUUCCAUCUCCCCCUCCCCUCCACUUCCAUCUCCCCUUCCCAUGUAUCCAACACCUUCCCCCUCACCCCCCCCCCCCCCCCCCCCCCCCCCCCCCCCCCCCCCCCCCCUCACCCCUCCCCCUCCACCUCCCACACCACUCUCCCUUGCGGUGCUGGUUACAUCCAAAUGCUGGUGGGUGCGUGCCUGCCUGCUGCUGCUGCUGCUGCUGCUGCUGGGCUGGGAUCCGCAGCCUCUCAGGCCUCUUCCAGAGCCUUACCAGCCCACCUCCUGCGGACCAAGACACAUCUUCCUGUUGGAACCUCGCUCCUCUCACGCGCCAAGACUCACAUCUUCCAGUUCCACGGGCUGAUGAAGCUGCUACUGCCCCACCCUCUCUCCGCACCCCCUCCUUCCCCAGCUACCUGGACUCUCUGGGGUGGUGGGUGUGGCUGGGGUGGUGGGUGGGGCUGGGGUGGUGGGUGCAGCAGUUGUUCUUCUCCUCACGUUUCUCACUCUCCCUUUCAGGCGUCUCAACAACUGCUGUUGCAGGAGCUGCUGCUCGCUGUGAGUGUUGGAAGGGCGUUUAGGUGCGCUGCGAAACACUCACUGUGGGCUGCUGGGGAGAAGGAGGGGGAGGGAGGGAUGAGGCAAAGUGGGCAGAGCAACUCAGUAAGCAAUUACACUCCCGCCUCUACCCACCACUACCCACCUCCACCCACCUCUCCCAACCCAACUUAUACUCACCUCUACCCACCCUCAACUCCCCUAUCAUCCUCUACCGCCCUCUACCCACCUUCUAAUCCACCAUCAUGCACGGCAUAG